UUUAUUAGCGUACUUUUCUAAACGUUUACUAUCGUUGGUCUUUUAUUAUUACCAUAGAAUAAAUAUAUCGAAAUGACUAAAAGAACUAAGAAGGUUGGUAUCACCGGUAAAUUCGGUGUCAGAUAUGGUUCUUCUUUAAGAAGACAAACCAAGAAAUUGGAAGUUCAACAACACGCCAAAUACGAUUGUGCUUUCUGUGGUAAGAGAACCGUCCAAAGAGGUGCCGUUGGUAUCUGGUCUUGUAAAUCUUGUCGUAAAUCCUUUGCUGGUGGUGCUUACACUGUUACUACUGCUGCUGCUGCCACUGCUAGAUCUACCAUCAGAAGAUUAAGAGAUUUAGUCGAAGCUUAAAUUGGUUUUUAUAAUAACUUUUUGAAUAUCACAUAGCUCAUAUUUCAUUGUAUUUUAAUAGUUUAUAAAAAUUAAUUACCAUCAUAAUACACAACAUUAUUGGAUAAUAUAU